CCCACUCCCGCAUCCCUCUUCUUCCCCUCGAAACUCUCUCUCCCCUUCCCUGAAAAUUCUGCGGAGACUGGGUACCCGAGUGGUGCCGGCAUCUCGCUAAGGGGGAGAGAGAGAGAGAUCCUCCCCUGUUUCCACUCCUCAACUCUCCAAGUCCAUCCCACUGCCGAGCCAGGAGGAGGAGGAGGAGCAAGGUGGGAAUUGGCAGCUCAAUUCAGCACCCCCAGCCGGAGCUCUGAUCGACCCCGCCGGCGAGAUUCAUCCAGGGCCCGGAGGAGAGAUGUACCGGGUCAAGAGCGAGAGCGACUGCGAGAUGAUGCACCAGGACCAGAUGGAUUCGCCGCUGGCCGACGACGGCGGCGGCAGCAGCGGGGGGUCGCCUCACAGGGGCGGCGGGCCCCCGCUGAAGAAAGGCCCCUGGACGUCGGCGGAGGACGCCAUCCUGGUGGACUACGUCAAGAAGCACGGCGAGGGGAACUGGAACGCCGUGCAGAAGAACACCGGGCUCUUCCGCUGCGGCAAGAGCUGCCGCCUCCGGUGGGCGAACCACCUCAGGCCCAACCUCAAGAAGGGGGCCUUCACACCGGAGGAGGAGAGGCUCAUCAUCCAGCUCCACUCCAAGAUGGGCAACAAGUGGGCUCGGAUGGCUGCUCAUUUGCCAGGGCGUACUGAUAAUGAAAUAAAGAAUUACUGGAAUACUCGAAUAAAGAGAUGCCAGCGAGCUGGCUUGCCAGUCUAUCCUGCUAGUGUAAUCAAUCAGUCUGCAAAUGAAGAUCAGCAGGGCUCCAGUGAUUUCAACUGCGGCGAGAAUCUUUCUAACAACCAUCUGAAUGGGAAUGGUCUUUAUCUACCAGAUUUUACCUGUGACAAUUUCAUUGCCAAUUCAGAGGCUUUAUCUUAUGCACCACAGCUCUCAGCUGUUUCAAUAAGCAAUUUGCUUGGCCAGAGCUUUGCAUCAAAACGCUGUGGCUUCAUGGAUCAAGCCGGGAUGCUAAAACAGUCUGACAGUUUGCUCCCUGGAUUGAGCGAUACCGUGAACGGUGCGCUCUCCUCGGUUGAUCAAUUCUCAAACGACUCUGGGAAGCUCAGGCAGGCUUUGGGUUUUGACUACCUCCAUGAAGCCAACUCUAGCAGCAAGAUUAUUGCACCCUUUGGCGGUGCGCUUACUGGCAGCCAUGCCUAUUUAAAUGGCACCUUCUCUGCUUCUAGGUCCACAAAUGGUCCUUUGAAGAUGGAGCUCCCUUCACUCCAAGAUACCGAAUCUGACCCAAAUAGCUGGCUCAAGUAUACCGUGGCUCCUACUAUGCACCCUACGGAGUUAGUUGAUCCCUACCUUCAGUCUCCAACAGCAACUCCAUCGGCGAAAUCCGAGUGUGCAUCACCAAGGAACAGUGGCCUUUUGGAAGAGCUGCUUCAUCAGGCCGAGGCACUAAGGUCUGGGAAGAACCAGCAGCCGUCUGUGAGAAGCUCAAGCUCCUCUGUCAGUACGCCGUGUGAUACUACGGUAGUUAGCCCUGACUUUGAUCUCUGUCAGGAAUACUGGGAAGAGCAUUCCGGUGCUAUGCUGCAUGAGUAUGUUCCUUUUAGCGGUAACUCACUGACUGAAUCCACCGCUCCUGUGAGCGCGGCAUCGCCUGAUGCAUUUCAGCUCUCCAAAAUUUCCCCUGCAGAAAGCAAUUCGCUGGGAUCCGGAGAGCAGGCGAUGGAGCCAACGUAUGAGCCUGGGGCUGGGGAUGCUUCACCUCGUCCUGAAAACUUGAGGCCGGACGCGUUCUUCUCCGGGAAUACGGCCGAUUCGUCCCUCUUCAACAACGCCAUAGCGAUGCUCCUCGGCAAUGACAUGAACAUGGAGUGCAAGCCUGCUCUCUUCGACCCUUCCUCGUGGAGCAACAUGCCCCAUGCUUUCCAAAUGUCAGAAGAGUUCAAAUGAAUUCCCCGCCGAUCGACCCAGUUGGCGUGGAAGGAGAUUCUAUAUAUCUCUCUCUUCCUGAUUGUUUUGAGGAUAAUUUCAGGGAAAACCUCAUUUGAUUGCAACUCGCUGCGUAGCCACCGCUGACAACGGGUCCUUGAUGGCGGAUGCAGCUGCUGCCAGACGUAUGUGCUCUUCAUGCAACUAGCCCCUUUUCCCCAAAUAAAGUUCAUGGAGAUAUAAGCCGGUUAUAUCUGUUUUUUCCUAGUAGAGGAACCCUUUUUUGCCAUCUCUAUGGCCUCUGUUGAAAACUCUGUCGAGACGUGUUAUUUGAAGAAUGUAAGAUCAGUUACUGCUUUUUCUGUGUGCUGUCUUUGUUGAAACAUUAAUUCCACCCCAAUUGUCAAUGGAUAGCGUUUUAUUUCGCAGCAA